AUGUCGGCGCCAAGGCGUCUGACGCUGGCCGCCGUCACCGUCGCCUCCGUGAUGUGCGUGUACUUCCUGUAUGACAACCUGGAGCCCUCCCUGGCACUGUCCUGGACCCACUUCAAUCGCGCGUCUUCGUGGAGCUCGGAAAUACUCGAACCCCUAACUUCCGAACCGCGCCGCCACAGCAACCGGACGAGCCCCGCCCCCUCGCCUAGCCCCGCCCACGCCAGGAACGAACCUACGCCUUCCCGCAAAAACAUUUUGGCCAAGCCCACCGAGUCGCCGUUCAUCGGAGACUCAUAUGCCAGCCAAAACGUUACACCGCUAACUGAAUGUCCCGACGGCAUUCGAAGUCUCGUCGCCGAGUCGGACUUCGCCCAGCUUUUCCUGGGGAACGUUCCGGUGCUGCAGUGGCUAACGCACGCCACGCCCGACGAAUACCGCCGCCUCAGCCGCUACGCGGGUGCAAAUGGCUGGGGGGGCCUCAGCUACCAAACGCUAUCAGACGCGUUGGCUUAUCUCAACUCGUCGGCCAACGCCGUCAUGUUCGAUGACUGGAAGCGUCGCGCCGACUCGUCCGGCUGCGUCCGCUGCGCCGUGGUCGGGAACGGCGGCAUCCUCAAGGAUUCUAAGAAAGGGAAGGAGAUAGACGGUCACCACUACGUCUUCAGGACCAAUGGUGCCAUCGUGGCGGGAUUUGAGGAGGACGUGGGGUUCCGCACCACUCAUUACACCUUCUCGACCAACACGCUGAUGAACUCCAUGGCGAGCUACGCCUCGGCCGGCUUCCGAGGGCCGCCCAAGUCUCAGGAAACGCGUUACGUCUUUUUGCCCGACCACGACCGCGACUACCUGCUGAUGAAAGCGGCGGCCCUGCGGACCCCUGUUGAACAAGGGCGAGACCGAGGAAAAGACCCGGCAAAAUACUUUGGGAAAAACGUGACGUCGACCCAACUGAAAAUGUACCACCCGGACUUCAUCCGCUACAUCCGAAACAGGUUCCUCCCAUCCAGAACUCUGAAAACCAAACACCGAAACAUCUACCGUCCGUCCACCGGCGCCACCAUGCUGCUGGCUGCGCUGCAUACAUGCGACCGUGUCAGCGCGUAUGGCUUUAUGACGCCCCAGUUCAAAAAAUACUCAGACCACUACUACGACCGGAAGUACCGACCAGUGGGAUUCUUCAUCAAUCACGACCUUAAGCUGGAGAUGAACCUGUGGCAAAGGUUGCACAAUGCGGGGCUCAUCACGCUGUACAUGCGUCCUUGA